GUUUGCAUAAAUUUGAGGUUAUGCUUAUGGUGUACUUAACCUCUUGUUCUCAUUUUGUGAAUGUAAAUAUUUAGGGAAAAAUACGGUAUUUAAGAAAAGCAAAAACGUAUAUGCUAUUUUGAAUUUUGCAAUAUAGCUUAUUAUUAAUAGUAAAUGUUAAGGUCCUCCUAGGUUUAUAUCUGCAAAAUGAUCUCACUAAGAAUAUUGAAUGGAUGUCAUCCAACUCAAUUGCAAAAAACAUUUAAGGAUUGUAAACGUUUGAGUAAAAAAUGUUUUUGUACUUCAAAUGAGGAUGACGAAUGUAGCGAAACAAAAGAUACAGUAUAUUCAAACAAAAUAGGAUCAGUUACAGCAAUACACAUCAACAGACCUGAUAAGAGAAACUGUUUGGAUUUUCAGACAGCGGUUAAGUUGAAAGAAGCCCUGAAUUCGUUCAAUAGUGAUGAUGAAUCUAAAGUUGCCAUCUUGUGUGGAGAAGGUGGUAACUUUUGCUCAGGACUGGAUUGCAAUGAGUUAGCAUCCGAUUCUUCAUUUCAGAAGAAGUUUCAGGACUUGAGAAUUCUGGAUGAGUUUUCGAGGAAGCCAUUGGUGGCGGCAGUAAACGGGUUUGCCGUUGGAGAAGGCUUCGACCUGGCACUGUGGUGCGACCUCAGAGUUGUCGAGGACACCGCCCUUUUCGGCUAUUUUAAUAGAAGACUGGGAGUUCCUGUCUCUGAUAAUUGUGUUAAACGCUUAGAAGGGUUGGUUGGCAGAGUUAGAGCAAUGGAUUGGAUUCUUACAGCUCGAGCAGUAAGAAGUAGAGAAGCUCUGAAUUGUGGGAUUGCCAGUAGACUUGUUGCCUGUGGAACAUCAUUUGGCCAAUCUCAUUCAUUAGCCAAGGUGGUGGAAAAGUUCCCAGUUCACUCGGUGUUGAUGGAUCGAAUAAAUCUUCAAAUGAAUCUAUUUCCAAUAGAAGAACAACAACGAAUGCUUGCAAUGAAGUCAGAAAUACAACCUAAAGUUCUUGAGGAAACAAUGCGUGGUGCAAGGGACUUCCUGUGUGGAUAUGGAAGGCAUGGAACGACAUCAACCGCAACCAAUGUCAAAAAGAAGGCGGGGCUACAGUAAUACUGCCCUCAAUCAGCAAAUGGAGAAAUCAUUAUUAAAAAUGGGCUACCUCUGGAGUAUCUAGGCGCUUUGUUCUCAGUUUGCGUCUUGAGGCAAACGCGGCCUUGAGCAACUGGGAUAUCGACAGAUGGCUUUUGACGCUCA